CACAGCUUCCCCGAGGGCGGAGAACCCAGCACAAGCACUCCAUGCACGUGGGCUCGGACAGGGACCCGCACUGACCCCGCUGCCUGUGCGCGGUCCCCACCGCUCCCCACAGGCGCCACCGGGAGGCACAGACGCUUCGAGGACUCCGCCGCACCGUCACCAGCGCUGGCUGUGCCAGGCCCCCAGCUGCCCAGGAGCACUGACGGGCCUGGGCCAAGGGCAGGGACCCGAGGUCCCCUGCAGAGCCGCACGUAUGCCCAGGACUCGCCCACCCACCUGGGACCAGUGCCCCACGGCGCACUAAGGUGAGGACGGGAAAGCAGCGAGCCGGGCCGCGGUUAGACGGGCAGGGCACUGCGAGUCGGCGGCCGCCAAGGACGAGCACGCGCAGCCCUGUGCGCACCACGCCUCCCUCCCCGCCUCCUGUCCUGUCUCCAAACGGAACACAGGACCCAGGCCUCACCACAGAUGUGUACACGUGUGUAGAUCCACAAUCGAGCCGGCCCCUAACCAGGCCUCAGUCCUCCGUGCCAGCGCUGUGGGUUACAGGACAGCGAGCGGCACUCAGGCAGAUGGCAAGCCAUCCCGUCUCCUGCCGACCAAGGCCUGGUCACAGACAGCGAAGGCCCUGAGGAGGCGACACGGGGACACCCUGCUCCAAAACAAUCAUCCUGCUGCCCUUGUGAAGGGCCAGGACCAUGGGACUCUCGGACGUGGCUCAGGACAGGGCCCCAGCACGUGCUUCCCCCAUUAUGUCCCGCAUUUCUCUGCAGUUUUCUGCCGUUUUUAGCCUCUGGCUUCUGGUCCCACCAGUGGCAGACAUCUGCAGUCCCGUGUUGCUUAAACACAGGUCGCACUCCUGUAAGCUACAGCGGGGAAUGGAAGAAGGUUCUGCUGCAGAAAAGAAAUAGAAAAGCAGGCAUCCCAGGUAAGAACCACAGGGUCAGCCGGGCAGGGAGGCUCAUACCUGUGAGCCCAGCACUCUGGGACACUGAGGCAGGAGGAUCCCAAGAUCAAGCCUACCUUGGGCAACUGAGUGACUUAGCGAGACCCUGCCUCGAAGUAAGAAAUGAGCUAGGGAUGCAGCUCAGCGCGAAGGUCCUACAUUCAACCCCUGAAAAAGCAAAAACCAGCAACUGGACGGAUGCGGAAGGCCAGGGCUUCUGCCCACCCCUGGGGAAGCAGGGCUGCUAUGCCCCUGCUGACAAGCGAGCCAAGCGGGUGGAAUGUCGUCACGUGACCGACACCCCAUGGUCAGCUGUCAUUAAUGCCAGCAGCACGGCCAUCGCCACCUCCUGUCUGCACACCAAGCUGAAGGAGGCAAAGCAGGUUCCAGCCCAGCCUGCACUGCAACAUGAUGCCAGCCGACGGGCGCCCGGGCUGACGCUGGGGCACAAAGCCACGCUGGGCGUGGAGGCCACUGAGGAGCCUCGCCCCGCAGGGAGCAACGGGAGGCCUCCGAGCCGACCGCCGGCCACAGCACCAGGAGCACCCAAAAUUGGAGUGGGCCUCCUGUGGCUCCCAGGCCCCCCGAGAGCAGGUGAGUCGCCAGGACUCUCCACAGUACCAGUGCAGAGACCCCAGAGAGACCCCAGAGAGACCCCAGGGGGCCGUGUGGCAGCGCGGAGGUCAGCGGGGGGUGACAGGCACGGAGCACUGCACACCCAGAACCAGGAGCUCCACCUGCCCCACACACACACACCACGAGCAACAGGGCCGGGGGACCACAGUCCCUCCCCACCACGCCAUCCAAGAGCCACGGCGGCCCACAGCACGGCGGCCCUAAGAAAGCCCUGGCUCCUCAGUGUUACCGCCAGAAGCCGGGGUUUCUCUGCCAGCUCGCCUCAUCCUCGGCUCACCUCGUCUUCCCAGCGAGCGCAGUCCCACAGAGUGCGGCAAGAGCUCAGCCCGGGGCCAGCGACGGCCGCUCAGGGUCCCCGUGACCUCGACCUUGGGGAGCCGCCUCACGUGCCUGAGCCCUGAGAUGACCUCAGCGUCUGACACCGAGCAAGCGCAGACCAUGAGCGGAUCAAAGGAAACGCAGCUGCUUUCAAGCGGCCGGGCUCUGACCACGCCAGCCCACGCGCCCCAAGGUGACACGCGCGGGCCCAAAGCACACUGCGCCAAUCUCAAAUGCUGGUGCCCCCGGCUGGGGCACUCCUGGGCUCUGCAGGGCCAGCAGAGAGAAGAGGACGCCGCUCUUUCUGGCCUGAGAAGUGACUCCACACAGGUGCAGCGCUUCUCACAGACGGGGAGUUGUCCACACCACAAACCCAGCACAGGGGCCGGAGGGCACUCACACACCUGCGCGCACUGCACAGUGUGUCUGGAGGCCUGGGAGUGGCUUAGGCUGCUGGUCUGGGCCACACGUGCGGGAAAGGGUCGCAGGAGACAGGUCACAGGUCAAGGGUCAAGGGCCACAGGGAGCUCGGGAGGACUUGUGCACAGGCGUCUCGGGGAAAUACCCAUGACACACCUGUCACUGUCACAGGUGACCUGACUCCCCCCAGGCCACAGCAGCCCCCUAAGAUCUCAGGGGAGCCAAGAAGGCCCUGGCACACGGCAGUGAAGUUCCUGUCCAGCAGUCAGGGCGGCAUGCAUGUGCUCGGGUGACCCUGCAUCAGCCUGGAACAGUGUUUUUCUUCCUUUGUACUAACCAAAAAUAAAAGUGACAUUUUUAAA